CGAGCCGCCCCGCCUCUGGCCCGGGAGCUCCCUGCGUGUCACGGCAGCUCUCGCGGGGGAGGAAGAAGGAGCGCCCGGGGCGCCGAGGGGCUGAACUUUGGAGCCUCUGCCCCUUAUGGGGCCGGUCCCGAGGGGGCGGCGGCGGGGGAGGCGCUGUUGCCGCCGCUGCUGCCCUGUGUGAGGCGAGCUCGCUCCCGCCGGAGCGGCCCGGGGAGGAACUCCAGUCGGGUCCGCACCCGCGGCUAGUGCUGCAGCCGCCGCCGGGCCAGCGCGACGCGGACCCGUCUCUGCCGGGGAAUCCCCCAGCGCUGCCCGGCCAUGGAGGGCGAAGGCGGCGCGCGGGAACCUGGGUCCGGCAUUGCCAGGGUUGAUCCAUAUGGAUUUGAAAGGCCAAAAGACUUUGAUUAUGUGUCAUAUGAAGAAUUCUUUUCUAGAUAUCUGGUGAUACUCACUAGAAGAGCAAUAAAAUGGUCAAAGCUUCUAAAGGGGAAUAAUAGGAUACAGAAAAGUUUAAAAGUGAAGAGAUAUAUCAGGAAAGGCAUUCCCAAUGAGCAUCGUGCGCUGAUCUGGAUGAUUGUAAGUGGAGCCCAGGCCAACAUGGAACAAAACCCUGGAUACUAUAAUAAACUACUUGAGGGUGAGAAGAGUGACACGCUGGUGGAAGGAAUCAAGACAGACAUGAAUAGAACAUUUCCAGAUAAUGUACAGUUCCGCAAAACUGCUAAUCCCUGUUUACAGCAGACACUCUACAAUGUAUUAGUAGCAUAUGGGCACCAUAAUAAAACAGUGGGAUACUGCCAGGGCAUGAAUUUCAUAGCCGGAUACCUGAUUCUUAUUACAAAGAAUGAAGAGGAAUCCUUUUGGUUGUUAGAUGCUCUCAUUGGACGAAUAUUGCCUGAUUAUUAUAGUCCAGCAAUGAUGGGGUUGAAGACCGAUCAGGAGGUCCUUGGAGAACUUGUGAGAAAGAAAGUUCCAGCAGUGGCAGAGUUAAUGGAUAGACAUGGUGUCAUGUGGACUCUGAUAGUGUCACGCUGGUUUAUAUGCUUGUUUAUUGACAUUCUUCCAGUAGAGACUGUUCUCCGAAUUUGGGACUGUAUAUUCUAUGAAGGAUCAAAAAUAAUCUUUCGUGUGGCCUUAGCAUUAAUUAAGCAACACCAAGCUUUUAUUUUGGAAGCCACAAAUCUCCCCGACAUUUGUGAUAAGUUUAAGCAAAUCACCAGAGGGACAUUUGUAACAGAAUGCCACACCUUUAUGCAGAUACUAUGGCUUGAGCAUGGCAGGAAGUUGCCUGCACCUUCUGCCAGGCAGACUCUGGGCCAGCGGCACGUUCCCAAGUGGUGUGGUGCUUAUUGGUAGAACAGUGCUCCAAGGAGGGUACAUCUAUGCAGCAAGCCUUCCAGCCCACUGUGACACUGUAUGGAAUAUGGGUGACCACUUAUAACAUUAUUGCUAUCAGUAUUACAAAACUGCAAUGACUCCUACGAGAUAUGCCAUGUAAGGCAUCAGUGGAAAAUUUAUGAUUGGCUAAAUAUGAUAAUCAGGUUUAUGUAUGUACUGCGAGUUACAAUUGUGUGGUAUAUUUGUAUAUCAAAUUUGUGCUGUGUUUCUGGGUGACGCUCCCAGACAGUGUGACAUCAGCUCUAUCUAGCUUGCCCAUGAAGGACAAUCAGUUGUACAAUGAGCCCAUUGAGAAAAGGCAGGGGUUACACCUAUGAGUCAGUGGGACAACAUAUAGGGACAUGUCUGUAGACAUGGGACUCCAAAUGCUUUCCCAUGCCCAUGUGCUGUGAGCUUGUGUUUGGGACAAAAUGCAUAAGCCACAUGGCAAGAAUAUAAAAAAGGCAGCUGCAUCUUCUCCAUUUGUCUCCUAUCCUGCUUCUCACCUCUGGAGUAGCUUCUCUACAAACUGAAGCUUUGAACAAAGGACUGACAGAUCUUUGUUCUGGAUAUGUUCCAGAGGGACUCUACAAGCCAGGAAACACCAAUGUUGCUAAGAACUCUGUCAUAUGUAUGUAUCUGAUUGCUCUGACCAUUUAACAGCUCUCUUCUCUUUUAUAAUAUAAUCUUUAGUUUUAGAUACCAAAGGAUUGGCUGACAGCAUGAUAUUUUGGGUAAGGUCUAAACUAGUAUUGAUGUGGUAACGUGGAUGGCCCUUUGAGGAUCAGAAGAACAUUUUGUAUAGCAAGUAGAGUUUUAAAUAACUACCUUCCUUAGUGGACAUCUAUUAUGAUGUUGUAAAUGACAAGACUAUAAAAGGAUUCAAUAAAGAACUAGAUAAAUUCAUGGAGGAUGGGUCCAUCAAUGGCCAUUAGCCAGGAUGGGCAGGGAUGUGUCCCUAGCCUCUGUUUGCCAGAACCUGGGAAUGGGCAACAGAUCACUUGCUGAUUACCUGUUCUGUUCAUUCCCUCUGGGGCACCUGGCAUUGGCCACUGUCAGAAGACAGGAUACUGGGCUAGAUGGACCUUUGGUCUGACCCUGUACAGCCACUCUUAUGGUCUUACUUGCUGAUUGGGAGCCAGAGAACUGGAAUACAAUAAAGGGGGCUGUGUGAAUUAUUUUUCUUUGUUUCUUGAUAACCAGUGUGGGGGAUCAGGAGCACAGUUUGUGGCUGUUAGUGACUAACUACAGUGUUAACCACCAAUUUUGGCAGAAUCUGCUCUUCUUUUUAGCAGCCUGCCCUGACUGUGGCAUUUUCAUUGUGGGCUACCCCAGGCACCUAGGGUCAGACCUGGGUCGAGAGAUCUAAAACCAGCCAUAUACACAGUACUUUCAAUUUACAGCUUGGGCUGGGGCUCAGGCUCUUAAACCCAAUCCCACCCCAUAGCUUCAGAGCCAGAGAUGCAAUUCAGAGCGCUAGAAUAAGUCCCAUUAACACAAGUCUGUUGACCUGGGCUCGAUGGCUUGCUCGAACAUGCCAUGGAGACAUACCCUCUGAGGUUUAGUUUCAGCUCCUAGUAUUGGCAUCUCAAU